CAGCGAUAGGAAAGCGUGAGGACUUGAGGAGCCGUCAGUUCAGUCAGUUCGUGUCGAGCCGCUGGAGACAGAGUCUCGUUUAUGAAUCUCAAUCCGGUUUGAUACUAUUAACAUUCUUACUUCGCUCAAUUUACACUAUUACGCGGUCCGCGAUAAAAAUUUGAUGGAUCCCGUGACGGAUGAAACGCGUUUGUGAAAUAAUGCGCAGUGUUUAUACUCGAGCGCAACCUUGGUCGAACAAAAGAAAAAGCAAAACAAAGAGCGUCAACGAGUGACCGCUACGUGACUGAUCUACGUUAACUCUGCGAACGAGUACACACGAUGGCCUGCAGAAUGGUCGGUCAAUGGUGGAUAAUUUUGUCAAUAAUCAUCUUGACGGGCAAUGGUUUCGAGAUUCGAUGCCCGGAACAAUCGUGUCGCUGUUAUGGUGGCCAAUACAGCGAUACUGUGAUACAGUGUCCGAUUGGGAAUAAUUCAGCCUUCAUCGUGAAUGUUGACGCGUACAAAUUUAUUCAGAUACAAUGUCAGAGCAGCCCCGAGUGGUCAGACUUCCACUUGACCAACUUGUUCCCCGCGCACAACAUAGAAUCCACACAUUUCCGGAUGUGCGAUUUGCCAACGAAUUCCAGCCUAGGCGAAAUCAUGCGCAAGCUUGGCGCGGAGAACGUGACGAGGCUGGUAUUCCAAAAGUUUGAUAGCUUGAACACGAACCUGACCAGAAAGCACCUGGGCGGGUUCCCAGAGUUGAAGAAUCUGGUUCUAUCGACGAACAACAUCGCCAACAUCAACAACGACCUGUUCGCCGAUGUUCCCAAGCUCAUUUGGCUCGAUCUGAGGGAUAACAACGUGCGUUUGCCCCUGGGCGUCUUCAAGAACGUACCGAACUUGAAGAUCCUCGAGCUGGGUCGCAAUAGAAUGACUAGCAUCGAGCCAGGUGUGUUCGACGACUUGGCAAAUCUGCAAUUGCUGAACUUGUGGCAGAACAUGUUCACGGAGAUUCAACCAGGCGUCUUCGACAAGCUCGUGUCCUUGAAAUCUUUGGAUCUCAAUUCUAACGACUUGCUCACCUUGCCAGAAAAUAUUUUUGAGAAGCUUGAGAACUUGGAGGUGUUGAAUUUGUUUGGGAACAACUUUACGUCGUUGCCAGUGGGUUUGCUGAGACACAACACUAAGCUGAGAACCGUGCUUCUUUAUGGUAACAAGAAAAACAUGACGACUUUGCCUGAAGGAUUGUUCGCCAAUCUGACAUACCUGGAAGCGGUGCAGCUUAGGAGCAGUGGACAUGUCACGCUGCCAGAGAAUCUGUUUUGGGGCUGUCAUUCGUUGAAGAAUAUCAGUUUGGAGAGGAAUUAUCUGACGUCGCUUCCAAAGGACAUUUUCAGAGGCUUGCACGAGCUAUCCCUGCUGGACCUUUGGUACAACGAGCUAACGUCACUCCCUGACGACAUUUUCUUGGACACUCCGAAUUUGAUCAGGUUGAAUUUGUCUCAAAAUCACAUCACUUCGAUAUCUAGGAAGCUUUUCAGACGUUUAAAAUCGCUACAAGUAUUAGAUAUGAAGGGGAACAAGUUGAAGAUAAUAGAAGACACUAGCUUUAAUUCUCUCGAGAGCCUACGAAUUGCGAUAUUUUCUGACAAUCAGCUCUCGUUUAGCAAUUUGUUGUCAUCUCGUCGUCAUGAAUUUGGAAGGAUAUCGCCGUUCCAGACUUGUACCGAUCUAGAAGAAUUGCAUCUAGCGCGAAACGAAAUCUCUGAAAUAUUCGGAGAUUGGAUUUUAAACACCUCGAAUUUGAGACUGUUGGAUCUCAGUUACAACCAGAUAUCUAACAUAUCGACUUUAGAUCUGCAGUUUAUUUCCAAAAAUAUUAAAGUGGAUCUAACACAUAACAACAUACGACACAUCAAUCUGAAAGAUGCUGAAACGAUAGCUGGUUAUCAAAGCAGCCAGCGCGACGUAAUAAUACUAAUCGAAGAUAAUCCCAUAGUUUGCGAUUGCGAUUUGUACGAUUUCCUUCGUUAUUUGAACGGAGAAAUGCAUCCCAACGUACAAAACUACUUCCACAUAAUACCAGGAGACUUGAAAUGCAAAAGUCCAGAAUGGAUUGAAAGUAUAACCAUGACAGACUUGAAGUUACAAUCAUUCAAGUGCCAAGUAGUUGAACCCUGUCCAAAACAUUGCACGUGUUGGAAGAAACCGUACGACAAAACAUUCUUGAUCGACUGUUCCUACAAAAAUCUAACAAGUGUACCGCGUAAUAUUAGAACUUUACCUUCUUAUCAAGUCGAAUUAAACAUGACUGGAAAUAAAUUGAACAAAAUGUUGCCUCUGACAGACAUUGGUCUGACAAAUGUUUCUGUUUCCAAACUGCUCUUAUCGAACACUGGUAUAUCUAACAUAACAUUGGACGAAUUGCCAUCGAGUAUAGAGGUCUUGGAACUGCAUAAAAAUAACAUCAGCAAAAUAGAUUCCAACGUUUUGCACUUUAUGAAGAAUUCUACUAACUUAAAAAUGCUUACGCUACAUGAAAAUCCGUGGACAUGCAAUUGCGACGACAGAGAUUUUUUAAACUUCGUUCAAACCAGAGUCGCGAAAAUUUCCGUUCCCUCGAUGAUCACUUGCAAGGAUAUGACCAUUCCAAUGUUAAAGAUGACAGCAACAGAUUUUUGUCCAGCAGACAUCGCGAUGAUCAUAGGAAUCAGUCUGGCAAUAGCGUUCACGGGAUUGAUCAUUGGUCUGUUAGCAGCAUUGUACUAUAGAUACCAACGAGAAAUUAAAGUGUGGUUGUACGCGCAUCAACUUUGCUUAUGGUUGAUAACCGAAGACGAAUUAGAUAAGGAUAAAUUGUACGACGCGUUCAUAAGUUACUCGCACAAAGACGAAGACUUUGUUGUGAAUGAAUUGGUAUCGAAAUUGGAAAAUGGCCCGAGACCAUUUAAAUUGUGUCUCCAUUUCCGUGACUGGAUAGCUGGGGAGUGGAUACCAACGCAAAUCGCUCGUUCUGUCGACGAUUCGAGGAGAACUAUAGUAAUUUUGUCGCCAAACUUUUUAGAAAGUGUUUGGGGACGAAUGGAAUUCAGAGCCGCCCACUGCCAGGCACUCAACGAAGGCAGAGCAAGAGUUAUUCUAAUUAUAUACGGUGAGAUAGGUUCCACAGAUGACUUGGAUCCAGAACUUAAGGCAUACUUGAGCAUGAACACAUAUGUGAAGUGGGGGGACCCGUGGUUCUGGGAUAAAUUGCGAUACGCGCUACCACACUCCCCAAAAUUUGCAAAUAAUACAGUUAAAAGGAACAUUUUUGAGGAGCAUCAACCGAGUAUUCGAAUCAACGAUGAAAAGAAAGAACUUAUUUAUCCCGUUGGUGGCCCUGAGACGCCACCCGCGGCAAGCACUCCACCAGCGGAUAGCUUGAAAAUAUUUAUACACGAUGAGAAAAUAAAUGGCGAAGAAAAUGGCUCUAAAAAAGUAGCUGAAUUAAAUGGCAUCGCGAAGCAUAAAUUUUCGCCGGAAGAAUUGAUACAGAAUAAUCUUAUUAAUAAAUCACAAUGUACCACUGUAUAACGAGGCGCAGAUAUAAGGACUGACACAAGAUCUUCGGGAUUAAACUUAUUCAAAGUGGAACCUCAGAAAUCAUUGCUUAAUAGGCGGUUCUUGUAUGUUUCAAUAUUUACAAAUAGUCAAAUUUUACUUAAAACGGGUAUAGUUGAGACGAAAGAACAAAAAUCUUUGAAACAAGAGACGAUACACUUUAGGUAAGAUGUGCUAUUUCUGAAUAUUGUCAGAUCUCUUUCAGAUAUGUGGGAUAUUUCUGAUUAAUUAAUUUCAAUCUUGAAAUUUGUAUCAGUACAUACGUGUACUUUCAAACGAGUGGCGAUAGCUGUUGGUAUGUGGUGCAAUGCCAAAAAUAUUUAUUUUAUAAGAGUGACACAUCUAACUUGUCUAUUGUUUAAAUUUAUUUAGUUUUUAACCUUUCUGAACUUGGAGGUUUCACUGAUCAUUGAACACGAGAUUCGAUCAUUUUUCCGUAAUUAGCAUCAACCAUACCUCUCUAUGCAGUUCUUAGAUUCAGAUAAUGUUCGCCACCUCCUAGACCAUCGUCAAUAUUUAUGUAGCGAAGGGGUUACUAGAGUUCAGGAAGGUUAAAUAAUACAGAUAAAUAUUUAAAACAAACAAUACACAACGACUGAAGAUAUUUAGUUAUAGAAAACUACUCCAUCAUUGUAAAUACGUAUCUUUUUGUAAUUUUAUAUGCAUAUAAAUUUGGAACAUGUUGCCAUUAUCAUUCGAAUGCAUAAUCAUUAUAGAAAUAGAAUGAAUAUUACAUUGACAAUUUGUAGAAUUAUUUGCGAGACGCGGGCGUUAGUAAUCUUUAGUAUGCAUUUUAUGUGUGCAUACUAUGUAAUUUUAUAAAGCAUUUGUACACUAACGUUCAUUUCUUUUAUACCGCAAUAAUUUAGAAAAUGUUAUUACAAUUACAAAUAUACCUCACAAUGUUCUUAUGCUUUGUUAGAUUUUACGAUGAUAGUUAAAGUUGUAGUAUCAUAUAAAAAAAUCCAUAUACAUUAAUAAAUGAUCAUUGUAAUGUAAUUUCAUCACGUUAUCAUCACGCAUUGAUUUAUGCUGUACAGGGACAUGUAUUAUUAUACAUUUAUAAACUAAUUGCUCUAUUUUAUGAGCACAAAAAACUUGUUAUAGCCAUUAUUGUAAGUCAUAAAUAAAUCAAUUGUAUUUUAACUGAGAAUUAUGAUACCAAUUAGAAGUAUUGAGUGGGAAACUAAAUAAAGAAUCUCAUAAUAAAUUCUUAAUUUUACAUUAAAUACUUGUAGCUAUAUUGUAAUUUAAUGUUAAGAUUAUUUUAUUAUGCGAUUGACACCAAAUGAGUACCUGAACAAUAAAGACUCAUGCAAAGCUUAA